CUCCAGAGUGACUCCUCCACGCUCCUGCGUAAAUCUCAAGAGGAUAAUCAGCGAAACACUUUGCGAGGGAGUGAUACACUGGAUGCUUCUUUUUUUCACUUCUGCAGGAUUAUACGGUUUUUUUUAGCACUAUUCUGAGUAAGAAGAGUCUGGAAAAUGGAUAUAUACGUUUUGAUUUCUGUGUUGUCGGUGAUGUACUCCUGGAUUGUGUGCACAGUGAUGUCAGCGCCUGCCGGAGAUCUGAUGCCCACUGCGCAUCCCAACGCCACCCAGGUGCACCAUGUGCGGAACAAACGCUGCUCCUGCGCCACUUUCCUGGACAGGGAGUGCUUCUACUUCUGCCACCUGGACAUCAUAUGGGUCAACACACCUGAGCGCGUGGUCUCUUACGGAUUGGGCAACGUUCCCAGGAGAAGGCGCGCGGUCGCGGACUCCAUGGCAACCGGCGGCGGAGCGCGCUGCAAGUGUGUGCGUGAAAACGACCCAACAUGCAGAAACUUCUGCAGGCUGGAUAAACACCCCAGGUAUGGGACAUCGCCAGAAACUGUGAUCCACUCCGCCGAGGGCGAUGGUUGCUCUGAGACUCAGUGCAAACACAAGCUGGCAGCCGACACAGGCAGGAUUAAGAGGAUGAGGAACAGCAACAAGAAACGGGUGUCGCCUCUAGCCGUCAGGGCCGCCUUGAGAACCCGCCUGCUGCUGGAGAAGUGGAGGGUGAGACAGCGCCACAGGAGCACGGCCUCCUAAAGAAGACAGCAACAGCAACAAAAACUCCACACCUUGUCAAAUAGAGAGGGAGAAAGAGUUUUAUAACUGUGGAUCUUUUCUCUAAAGGCCAUCGGUGGAAGGCCAUUAGAGCGCCCCAAUGCGCCUGACAGGCGUACUCCAUGUUGGCUUGGGGGAGGCGUCUGCAGAGAGCUGUUAGUCGCACUCAGAAGAACGAGGUCAGAGACCGUACAAGGAGUCUGGGUGAAAGGAGAUAAGCUGAACAGAGGACUUGGCCCCUCGUCUGCAAAAAUCAAGGACGGCGAUCGAUCCUUAAGGUGUCAGGGCCAGACUCUGUUACUCCAUCGGACUCCACCAAAGAGCAUUUCAAAGACUUUAAAGGAAGGAUUCAAUAUAAUGUUACAGAUUAUACAAAACCACUGCCAUGUAUGGGUGAAGGCAGUCCCCACUUGUUAUAUUUUAUAAAGCCAUAACUUUGGCGAGCUCACAUAGAAGGGAUCGUGUGACAGUUUUCCACUGGCUGAAAUGAUUUACUGGAUUGUUACAGAGCAGGUCGUCUUCCUGUUCAUCAGGUCAUUGUAGCGUCGCACUGCAGUCGCUGCUGGGAGUUUUCUCCACUCGGAUGUUAUCACUCAUAAAUGAUAAUUUAAUAUUUCACUUAACAUGUGUCAUCUAUAUUGUCGCUACUAUCUGAUCUAUUUAUUUAUUCUUUUUUUUUUUGUAAUUUGAUGUCCAUAUUGGUCUGUCACGUUUUGCUUGGUCAUUUCUGUGAAAUGUUUUGUCACCGAGGUGCCAACAUUUGGCCCAAUUAUAAUAAAUGUAUUACACUUAUUUAAAAAAAAAAAAGACUGUUUCAUCUC